GCGCCGGAUCAUCUCCUUGACGGCCAGAAACACCCACGAGAAUCUUGUGCGCCCGCAAUCGCCUUUCUGUUUUCGCGCUACGUGGACAGUGUCGUGACGUGACCCAGUUGCAAGUGAAGAAUGGCAUCGUUGACGAGUCGCCUGAUGGCCGGAGCCCCCAAGUUGGCCCGCGUCGCCGCAUCCCGGCUCGCCUUCCACUCGUACAGCGCUGAACCCUCGCAGCCCCUCAAUCGGGAGCCCAAGAUGUGCUCCUCCGCCCUCGAGGCCGUCCAGUGCGUGAAGUCAGAUAGUGUGGUGUUUGUUCAGGGAGCCGCUGCGACGCCUCUGGAGCUGGUGGGCGCCCUCACGGAGCACGGCGUGAAGAACAACCUGAAGAAUAUCGAGGUGUGCCACAUGCACACAGAGGGACCGGCUCUGUACUGCAAUCCCGAGCACUCGCACAUCUUCCGCUCCAAGUCCUUCUUCAUGGGCGGCAAUGUGAGGAAGGCUGUGGCCGAGGGACGCGGCGACUCGGUGCCAAUCUUCCUGCACGAGAUUCCCUACCUCUUUCACCGGAAGAUCGUGCAGCCGGACGUGGCGUUGAUUCAUGUGUCGCCACCGGAUCAGCACGGGUACUGCUCGCUGGGCACGAGCGUUGACUGCGUGAGGGCCGCUCUGGUGCACUCGAAGGUGAUUGUGGCGCAGAUGAAUCCCAAGAUGCCGCGCACCUUUGGCGAUGCCAUCAUUCAUCAGUCACACUUUGACUAUGCCAUCAACAUUGACACGCCGCUGCCGCAGCACGGCGGCAAGGGAUCGAGCGAGGUGGAGACGAAGAUUGGACAGCUGAUUGCGGAGAAUCUCGUGGAUGACGGCGCGACACUGCAGAUGGGCAUUGGAAACAUUCCGGAUGCCGUGCUGAGUGCUCUGCACAAUCACAAGGAUCUGGGCAUCCAUUCUGAGAUGUUUGCCGACGGUGUGGUGGAUCUGGUGCAGAACGGAUGCGUCACGAACAACAACAAAGUGAUUCACAAGGGUCGCAUUGUUGGAUCUUUCUUGAUUGGGACGCAGAAGUUGUAUGACUUUGUGGACAAUAAUCCGUUUAUUGAAAUGCUGGAGAUCAACUAUGUGAACAAAGUGGGUGUGAUUUCGCAGAAUCCCAAGAUGACCGCCAUCAAUUCUGCCAUCGAGGUGGAUCUCACCGGGCAGGUGUGCUCAGACUCCAUCGGGACGCGCAUGUAUUCGGGCUUCGGUGGUCAGGUGGACUUCAUUCGGGGCGCCGCUGAGGGCUUCGAUGGCAAAGGGAAGCCCAUCAUCGCCCUGCCGUCGACGACGAACAAGGGCGAGAGCAAGAUUAGCGCCGUGACGAAGGCGGGCGCGGGAAUAGUUACUACGCGUGCUCAUGUUCACUAUGUGGUGACUGAGUACGGGAUUGCCCAUCUGUUUGGGAAGAGUCUCAGGCAGAGAGCGUAUGCUCUCAUCCAGAUUGCCCAUCCUAAUCAUCGGGAGGCGCUCGAGAAGGCCGCCUUCGAACGCCUCAAGACGAUGCCUGUGCCGUAAAUGUUUUUUGCUAUACAAAAUGACUUUUAUUUUGCGCAGAAAGGUUUCUUUUCUUUUUUAAUUUUAAACAAAUGGAGAUAUUCUAAAAUAUCAAGCGCAAUACUGAUAUAUACAUACAUUUUAUAUAGUAAAGAAGAAGAAAAAAAAAGUUUACACAAGCUGCCUACCGCCAGAAAACAUUGUCAAAUAAUGGGGAAGAUAAAAGUUAUGCAGAAAGCUUAUUUUAACUAAAGAACGCUAAGAACCAUUAGUGGAGAGAGUUACACUACAAAUUUUUCAUCUUUUAUUCUGAGAUACAAAUUCUGUAAUAUUAUUUUUAAUUGAGAGUGAAAAUUAUUGUCUUUCGUGGGGGAUAUUUUACCAUUUUAAGCUAAAUAGAAAAGGUGGAAAAGUGUUACGUUGUUAUUAUGUGUAGAAGUAGAGAGUGUGUCCAGAGAAGGUAUUUGAACUGCCCAAUAUUGUCCACAGUAUUGACUUUUUCCCUAGAGUGUGUUGGGAAAUAUUGGGUGUUUGAGUACUUUUGAGAGGCAGUGUAGAAGUGAAGCGCCUGAAAGUAUGUAAAAUUGACUUGGCGGGAAAUACUAAAAUAUCAAAUUUAGAGAAAAUCUAUAGCUAAACAUUUUCACUUCCUCAAAGUGUUUUCUCUCUGCGUUGUUGUGUGUGAAGAAGGGAAAUUCCUCUCGGACCACCUUAGGUGCACCUCCCAUUCACUUUUUUUUCCCCACCCAGACAUAUGCUAAAAAAGCCCAACAUUUGGGAUAUUAAAAAUAGAUUUCUUCCUUCACCAUGUUUACCAUUUCUCUGGAGCAGCAGAAGACGAUGAGAGAGUGAGAGAAGAUUUAAUAAACGGGAACUUGUAUUCACAUAA